AUGUCUUCUCUCGAUCAGAACGCUCCUCGCAUGCGUCGCCACAGGCGUCGCAUCAACGACGACGGCUCUCAGCUCGCCAACGCUGUUCGUUCUUAUGUCGAUGACCACGCCAACGACGCUCAGCUUGUCGCUCGUCAGGCAGAUGGCGCCAAUGGCAUCGGUCCCGGUCGUAGCAGCAACGCUCCUCCCAUGGGUGGUGGCUUUGGCCUCGGAGACGAUGACAGCUCGGACACCACAACCGCCACUCGUGCCGCCACCCGCACCACUCAAGCCGCAACCAGCACCUCGCUCUCCCGCAACCUCUUCACCAGCACCUCAGUCCCUUCUUCCACCCGCGACGAUCCCCUCGGCAGUCUCAUCGACUCUCUCUUUGGUUCUUCCAGCACCACCUCUUCUUCCUCCACCACCUCUUCGUCUACCUCUACGUCCACCUCGACUUCCACAUCGAGCACCACCACUUCUUCGUCCACCACAACUUCCUCCAGCACUAGAUCCACUUCCACCUCGAGCUCCACAUCUUCGUCGCGCUCCUCGAUCGUGCCCAUCACAGCUACUGCUGUCGUCACCGCCACGCCCACCGGCAUCUCCUCUGCGGCCACCGCUUCGGCAACGCCCAAGUCGGCCACUUCCUCUGCAGGUCCCAUCAUCGGCAUCGUCGCCGGCUCGCUGGUCGGCAUCGUCGUUCUUUCCGGUCUCAUUGGCUUCCUCUUCAAGAAAUACCGCAAGCAGGACGACCCUUACGAGGGCAACCCCUUCGACCGCGAUGCCUUCCAGCGCCACUCGGCCAUGAUCCCCGACCACUUCGACUCGGACGAGGGCCACGGAGGCGCCGGCGGCAUGUCGCCCGAAAUGUCGGAACACUACCACCAGUACAACAACUUUGGUCCCGCGUACGAAUCCGGUGUCAGCGCCGGCGCUAUGGGAGCCAUGGCAGCGCACAACGAGGGCGGUCCUCGUCCCCCGACCAUGUUUGCCAAGCACGCUGCCGGUGUGCAGCAGAACGCGCCUAUGGUCGGCGGAUACUACAAGGAUGGCGAUUACGCCAACCAGAUGAACUCGAUGCCUUCGCACUCGGACUACCACGCCCCGCCCUCUGCUGCGUUUGCUAAUCACCCCGCUGACCAACAGUACCUCGAAGAACCUGGUUUCGGUCAGGGUCAACAGCGCGCCAUCUCGCCCGCACCCCAGCUGCCACCCCUCGCGGCGUUCGGCGGCGAUCCGUACUCCAUCGCUGGUGUCGGCCGAGGUCAGCAGCAGGCGCAGAACGUUGCCAACCCGUACGCCCACCUCGACCGCGCACACGGCGGUGGCAUGUCUCCUGGCUCGUUCGUCCCCGGCGCCGUCGUCCCUGGCACGCACCACGCCGGAUCUGGCUCUGUUUCGUCCGGAGAUGGAUCCGCCGACCAGCGCCACGCGUCCAUCAACGCAGCCGAGACGCUCGCUGCGGGACUCGCACACCAAUCCUCCCUGACCCGAUCAACCAGCCCACCCAGCCGCACCUACGACACCGCCGGUCGCCCCGGAACCUCCGAAGGCCGAUCUGGCACACCUGACCUGCCCAACGUCCAACAAACCUACGCCUACGAGCAGCAGCAGCUCCAGCAACAACACUACCAGCAGCAGCUCCAGCUCCAGCAGCAACAGCAACACCAGCAACAGCUGAGCGUGCGCAACCUCACCCCGGCCGGUGGAGCAGGCCUGUCUGCUGGUCAGAGGCCCAUCUCCACAGCUAGCUCCAUGGCCGAUGAUGAGGAUGCCUAUGGUGGCGUGUACUAG